AUGCAGAAGGUGAGAAAGGAAGGAGAAGAGGGUGCAAAGCACAGGGCUCCACUGGCACUUCGGAGGAUGACUAGAGCUGCCAUAUGCUGCCAUUCUGCGUAUGGAGAGAAGAUACGAAGGCAUGUAUCGGCCACACAAACGAAGGCAUUUCCUACAGUUCGCACGAAGGCAUUUUCUGCACGAUGCAUCGCAACCAGUUCACCUUCGCCCAGUCGUGCCGAUGCUGGAGCAGUGACCGGAUGGGAUUGGCCGACGAUGCUGGAAGAGGCAACCCGGAAGGAAUCCUGCGACCAUGCGGCCGAUUAA